ACCCGACCCACAACAUCCCCCUCCACUCCAACACCCCAUCCCCAACUCACGCCACCGGGACCCCCUCGAGCCCCCGCGCUCGUUGCGGGCUCGGAGGGCGCAGCUCGCCCAUUGGCCAGCGCGGCGCAGGCGGGAAAGGUGGCCAACGGCUCCAGCUGGCCCUCGGGGUGCAAGGAUGGCGUCGGGGUCCAGGUCUCCGGUACCUGAGGACUUGGACCGAACCAUGAGCCCCGGCGGGCGAGGCGAGGAGGUUGUCUCCACGCUCGGCCGGGACUUGGCGGCGGCGGAGACCCUGAAGAGCAGCGCGUCCCCGGUGCGAUCGGUGGUGGCCUCCUCUCGCCCGGUGAAGGGGAAAGCGGGCCGGGAGGCGGCCCGGCGGCGGCUGCAGCUGCUGCCCGCGUCUCAGGCCGAGGACCCGGGAGAGGGGGCCGCGGAGGAGGAGGAAGAGCCCCUUCCGUCGGUGCCCGAGGAAGAGGAGGAGGAGGAGGCGGCGGCGGAGGAGAGGGCGGAGGCGCAGCCAUUGCCGCCAGUGUGCGUGUCCCCCAUGCGGGGCAUGUGGCGGGAGGAGAAGGUGGCGCUCUUCUGCGACCAGGUGCUGCGGGGUUGUAAGGCAGAAGAUGCUGAUGAGGCUAUGAGUAACUACCUAUCAGAAAAAUUAAAGUUGAAAGACAAAUGGCUUGGAGUCUGGAAGACUAACCCUGAGUUAUUCUUUCUGAAAUAUGAAGAAGCUUCUAUCCCUUUUGUUGGUAUACUAGUUGAGGCAACUUGUACACCACGCCAGAGCUCAUCAUCUUGUUUCAGAGUGACUGUUUCUGUUGCUGAGCCUUUUUCUUCAAAUAUUGCAAAUAUUCCAAGGAAUUUGGUUAAUGAGGUUUUAGAAGAACUAGAGCAUAGUGUGCCUCUCUUGGAAGUGUACCCUGUGGAAGGACAAGAUUCUGAAAUACAUGAUAUUGCUUUGGCCUUGGAAGUUGUAAGGUUUUUUUAUGACUUUCUCUGGAGAGACUGGGAUGAUGAAGAACGUUGUGACGAUUAUACUGCCUUGAUUGAAGAAAGAAUUAAUUUGUGGUGUGAUAUACAAGAUGGAACAAUACCUGGUCCUAUCGCACAACGUUUCAAAAAAACUUUGGAGAAAUAUAAAAACAAGCGUGUCGAGCUCAUUGAGUAUCAGAACAAUAUUAAAGAGGAUCCCUCUGCAGCAGAGGCUGUUGAAUGCUGGAAAAAAUACUACGAGAUAGUAAUGCUCUGUGAAUUAUUGAAAAUGUGGGAAGAUUUACGCCUCCGAGUCCAUGGACCUUUUUUUCCAAGAAUUCUGAGGCGUAGGAAAGGAAAAAGAGAUUUUGGAAAGACUAUAACACAUAUUGUAGCAAAAGUGAUGACUACUGACAUGGUAAAGGACUUAUCUUCAGACACAUUUCUCCAACAGCAUGAUGAUUUGGAUUUGGCUUUGGAUAGUUGUUAUAGUGGAGAUACAGUAGUUAUUUUCCCAGGAGAAUAUCAAGCUGUCAAUCUUGCUUUAUUGACUGAUGACAUCAUUAUAAAGGGAGUUGGAAAGAGAGAGGAAAUUAUGAUUACUUCUGAACCUUCCCAUGACAGUUUUGUGGUGUCCAAAGCUGCUAAUGUGAAACUAAUGCACCUGUCUUUGAUACAACAAGGGACAGUGGAUGGCAUUGUGGUGGUGGAGGCUGGUCACAUGACUCUGGAGAACUGUGUAUUAAAAUGUGAAGGAACAGGAGUGUGUGUUCUUACAGGGGCUUCUUUGACAAUUAAGGACAGUGAAAUAAUCGGUGCCCAGGGUGCUGGUGUUGAACUGUAUCCUGGCAGCACAGCCACUUUAGAAAGGAAUGAAAUUCAUCACUGUAAUAACUUCAGAACCAAUGACAGUUCAAAAAGCAUCUUAGGUGGUGUUAAUAUGAAGGUUCUUCCUGCACCCAAAUUGAAGAUGACUAAUAAUCAUAUUUACAACAAUGGCUAUGGAAUAAGCAUUCUUCCACCAACAGAACAGUUUUUUAUUGUAGCAGAAACUUGCAACAAAGGGGCUGCUUCAGGAGACAAAAAAGACGAAAAUAGGCUCUCCAAAGUAAUGCAAAAUAUGAAUCUGGAAAUGAAUGAUAAUAAAAUAGAAGCAAACUUAAAGGGGGAUAUCAGAAUAGCCACAAAUUAAAGCACUGGGUUUAUGUUCAAGUUUUAUAUUUCAGAGAGUUUAAUAAAUUUCAUCUCCCACAGAAAUGGUAGUUCUAAUUAAAUUCAACUUAAUUAA